CAGGAGGAAGCACCAGCAGCAACUGACUGGGCAGACUUCCCAGGAAGAUGCAGCCACUCCUGCUCCUGGUGGUCCUUCUCCUGCCGCCCAGGGCUAGGGCAGGGCAGAUCAUCGGAGGCCAAGAGGCCAGGCCCCAUUCCCACCCUUACAUGGCAUAUGUUCAGAUCCCAACUCCACGUCCGAAAACUUGUGGGGGGUUCCUGGUGCGAGAAGACUUUGUGAUGACAGCAGCUCACUGCUUGGGAAGCCAAAUAAGUGUCAUCCUGGGGGCCCACAACGUCCGUAGGUUGGAAAGGACUCAGCAGCGCAUACCGGUGCUCAGAGCCAUCCCCCACCCCAGGUACAAUCCGCAGAACAACCAGAAUGACAUCAUGUUACUGCAGCUGAGGAGCAGAGUCAGACGUAAUCGAGCUGUGAGGCCGGUGGCUCUGCCUCAGACCCAGAACAGGCUGAGUCCUGGGACCCUGUGCACCGUGGCCGGCUGGGGCCUUGUCGGCCUGGACAGGAGAACAGACACUCUCCAGGAUGUACGGAUCAGAGUGCAGAGGGGUGAGGAGUGCAGUAGACUCUUCAUGUUCUACACUGACCGAACACAGAUUUGUGUGGGCGACCCAAGAGAGCGGAAAUCCGCCUUCCUGGGGGACUCCGGGGGCCCCCUUGUGUGUAACAACGUGGCCCAGGGCAUCGUCUCCUACGGAAAGAGGAUUGGGACUCCUCCAGCAGUCUUCACCAGGAUUUCCAGCUUCCUGCCCUGGAUACGGAGAACGAUGAGACGCUUCAAAGAGUGGGGGCUGGAGUGACACGCCCUGUCACUGACUCCCCUUCUCUGGGGCAGAGCCCAGAUCCAGGGCGGUUCCCAGAGCCUUAAUAAACAUCCACAUCUAGAGUGGAAAUAACCGAUUUCUCAUUUGUUCAUUAAACAUGAUUCAGUACACAGCAAAUGUGUGCCAGGACUGAGUGUGAGCUCCUCCAGGAAAGUGGGGUCUCUUCCCCAGGACAAGUGAAUCCCCAUCCCCACCAUCCUGGGAGUCAGGGUGAGCUUCUCUCCUCCAAGCCAUCCAUUCCUCCGUCUCCCCUCCACCCGCUCUGGGGAGUGAUGGAAGGACCUCUCUCUCCCCAGAGUAAGGCUCCUCAUUCUCCACCCUACCAGAGACUCUCCUUUAGGUAUUAAAGUGUGCCCCAAAACUGUGUGCCAUUGGCGUGGGUAGGACAGGCAGAUCAAAGAGAGAAUUGAAAUUCCAUACAAGGCCCAAUUUAACAUAUGGUAAACGAUUCUCAAAUCACUGGGAAACAAUGAACUUUUAAUAGACGACAUUGAAACAAAAUAGAGAAUCAUUGGGGAAGAAAGAUAAAGUUGGGUCCACACUUCUCAUCAUAAUCCAAAAUAACACUCAGAUGGAAUCAAAGAUCUAAAUGUAAAAAAAUCAAACCAUACAAGUACUAGAAGAAAGGAAAAAAACGGUUUACUUUCUUAAAAAUAUCUAACAAAACA